AUGGGUUGCAAGUCUAAUGAACUUAGUAAACUUCGUUGUAUACACUUUCAGGCAGCACCCGUUAUGAAAGUUGUGCCGAGCGAUAAAAUCAAACCAACGUGGUGGAGAGAGACCUCAGUUUAUCAAAUAUAUCCUGCCUCAUUUAAAGAUUCAAAUGAUGACGGCUUUGGUGAUUUGGGAGGGAUUAUUUCCAAAGUGGAUUAUUUGAAAUCCCUAAACGUCGAGUCUGUUUGGCUUUCUCCCAUUUACCCAUCUCCUCUUAAAGACAUGGGUUAUGAUGUUUCUGAUUAUAAGCAAAUUGAUUCUAGAUACGGGUCCUUGAAAGACUUAGACACUCUAAUGAAAGCUCUGCACGAAAGAGAUAUGAAAUUAGUUAUGGACCUGGUGUUGAAUCAUACGUCUGAUCAACACGAAUGGUUUAAGGAGUCCAGAUCUUCAAAAAAAAAUCCCAAACGUGACUGGUACGUUUGGAAACCAGCUAAGUAUAACGAAAAAGGGGAACGGUCACCACCUAAUAAUUGGAGCAGCUAUUUUGAUACUUCAGCAUGGGAAUGGGACGAAGCAACACAAGAAUACUAUUUACACCUUUUUGCUGUAGAGCAACCGGAUCUCAAUUGGGAAAACCCAAGUCUCAGAGAAGCUAUACACGAUAUUUUAAAAUUUUGGCUUGACAGAGGUGUAGAUGGAUUCCGACUCGACGUUAUUAACAUGAUCAGCAAAGAUCAGGAAUUUCCAGAUGCUCCCAUUACUGAUAGCCAAUAUGAAUACCAACUGGGCUAUCAAUAUUAUGCCAAUGGACCCAGAAUUCAUGAAUACCUUAGUGGCUUAGGUAAUAUUCUUGAGAAGUACAACGCCUUUUCGGUGGGUGAAAUGCCUCAUGUCACAGAUACAAAGGAGGUCCUUCGUGUUGUUGCUGCUGACCGUAAAGAAUUAACAAUGAUAUUUCAGUUCGAUCUUGUUCAACUAGAUUCUGAACCUGGUAAAGAUAAUUACGCUGAAGGAACUUGGAAGCUUUCAGAUUUGAAAAAGUCAUUGAAAAAAUGGCAAUCUGUACUUCUUUCUGGUGGUGGUUGGAAUGCUAGCUUUAUUGAAAAUCAUGAUCAACCGAGAGCUGUUUCACGAUAUCUUUCGGAUUCUCCAAAGUAUAGAUCCUAUAGCUCAAAGCUGAUGGCUCUCUUUAUCAUAUUUCAAAGUGGAACUCCAUUUGUAUUUCAAGGGCAAGAACUUGGACUUGCCAGUAUUCCUAGAGACUGGCCAAUCGAUGAAUACCAUGAUGUCGAAACUCAAAACUCCUGGAAAUUGUUCAUGAGUAACAACCCUACUAAGGAAGAAGUUGAAAAGAAAAUGAAUAUUAUUAAUAAAAGGGCGCGUGAUAAUGGUCGUACUCCGAUGCACUGGGAUAGCUCACCAAACUCUGGCUUUACAAAAGCUGGAAUAAAACCAUGGAUGAGGAUUACCGAUGACUAUAAAGAAUGGAAUGCUGAUAUUCAAAUCAACGACCCUGAGAGCCCUUAUACGUUUUGGUCUAAAGCUUUGAAGCUUCGUAAAGAACUAAAAGGUGCAGUCGUAUAUGGCUCUUUUGAAUUAGUUUCUGAAGAUAAUCCUUUUAUCGUUGCAUUUGUUCGCGAAUCAGCAUCCUACAAACUCUUUGUGGUUUUGAAUUUUACUGAAAACACGGUUUCAUACGAUUGUCCUUUCAAUUUAACUUCUUCGGAAAUUCUUCUUGAUAAUUAUCAUAAUUUUGCUUGUAUAAAUUCCUCAGUCUUGUUGAAUCCCUAUCAAGCAGUUCUUUUAAAGCUUUAA